CAAACUUCCACUAUCGGUCUCGAUACACGAAAUUGUAUCACACUAGCCAGAUGAUGGAAUUUUGCUCACAAGGCCUCUAUCAACAGUGCAAGACACACGGGCAAGGAAAUUCAUUAGGAACAGUCGCUCCAAUGGACAGGUUCCGGUACCAACUCUACAGUACCACAUGGAUCCUCUCCUCACGCGCAAGCAUGAUGCUACUUGGGUCCCUGUAGACCAGCCACCCUACGUUGCUAACUGGAAAAUCCACAUGGGUAAAGGCUAAAUGACAGAGCUGAGCUGCGCUCAACCUAGUGCCCUACGACAAUACUGGCAAAGGCUGAACGACCCUACCCUGGAGCUCCGAAGACGCCGACCACCUUGGUCGAUUGGGCCCAAUUUCGGAUUGCUCAUCAAACAUGGCGCUUGGAUGGCAUUUUGGAAAGCAGACAUACCCCACCAAGCCAGAACGGCAUGGUGGCGGCUACUGCAUGACAAAUCCCUCACAGAGUUCGGCUACACCGCCGACAGCCGGACAUCUACAAGUUACCAACAUGCAAGUUAUGCAAACCUGAGGAAGAAGACGCCUACCAUCUUUUCGUCAACUGCCCAGUAAA